GGAGUGAGUGACUUUCCUGCACCGGUUGCCGUGCCUGCCUGUACCUUGACCACCUCUUCGGGCUCUCUCAGCCCGCACUUCUGCAAGCCCCUCGGGGCAGGCUCCUGCCAUGCCGCUGGUCCGCUACAGGAAGGUGGUCAUCCUCGGAUACCGCUCUGUAGGGAAGACAUCUUUGGCACAUCAGUUUGUGGAGGGCGAGUUCUUGGAAGGCUACGAUCCUACAGUGGAGAAUACUUACAGCAAGAUAGUGACUCUUGGCAAAGAUGAGUUUCACCUACACCUGGUGGACACAGCAGGGCAGGAUGAGUACAGCAUUCUGCCCUAUUCAUUCAUCAUUGGGGUCCAUGGUUAUGUGCUUGUGUAUUCUGUCACCUCUCUGCAUAGCUUCCAGGUCAUUGAGAGUCUAUACCAAAAACUACACGAAGGCCAUGGGAAAACCCGACUACCAGUGGUGCUAGUGGGGAACAAGGCAGAUCUCUCUCCAGACAGAGAGGUACAGGCAGUUGAAGGGAAGAAGCUGGCAGAGUCCUGGGGUGCAACAUUUAUGGAGUCAUCUGCUCGAGAGAAUCAGCUGACUCAAAGCAUCUUCACCAAAGUCAUCCAGGAGAUUGCCCGUGUGGAGAAUUCCUAUGGGCGAGAGCGUCGCUGCCAUCUCAUGUGAGCCCUUCGGCAUGGUGUAUCUGCCUCGUUUCUGCCAUUGGCACUUGCCAGGCUCAGUGGGGGGAAGGCCCUCAGGACUUCACGGGUAUGGUUGCCAGCUGUGUCCCCGCCCCUCUGGGCACACAGUGUGGUACCCUCAUGUUUGCACACUUUCCCCAGGCUGCAGUGGCCUGAGUGUCAAUGUUUACAAAGGGGCAAAGAUGUCUCAUGGGCACUGGCCUCUCUAUCACCCUGUUUUUGCUGACUGAAUUCUGCUAUAACCUGAAGGGUUGGGAUAUGAGUCCUGGGCAC